AUGGUUUCCUUUAAUAAAUUAUGCUCUUUAGCCUUAAUUAGCAGUGCUGCUUUGGUCUCUGCUGCCACUUACCACAUUGAUGUGGAUUACGAAGAAUACUUGGAUGUUUACUUCCAUUACAGAGAAAGUGGUGACGCCGUUACCGUUGAAGCUGAUGCUACUGGUUUGACUAUUAAUGUCGAUUCCAAUUCAGUUAUCGCCUCUGAUUGUCAAAUCCUGCAAUCCGGUAUGUUAGUGUACACCAAAGAUGGUAGUUCCGAUAGAACCUUGGUUACAUGGGACCAAUACGAAGUGUUCCAUUUGACUUACGAUGGUUCGGAAAUCACUUACAAUGCUGUUAAUCCCCAAUCUUGUGGUCCAAUUAGCUCAGUGUCCUCUACCACAGUUAUUACUGCUAACGAUGAUAUCCCAACUAAAGACGUUCCAGUGGACCAAAUCACCUAUAGCGCCUCAUUGACUGAAUCAGUACCAAGCACUACCGUUGUUACCACCACUGUCAGCGGAGUUGUGACGUCUUACACAUCUUAUUGUCCUAUUAGUACCAUUUACGGUAACUCUGUCGUCACUGUCACUGAAAAUGAUGUUGUUACUUCUUACACCACCUACUGUCCAGUUUCUGAAGUUGUCCUAACUACUCAACCAAAGACCGUUACCAAGACUAUCACCUCCUGUGAUAACAACGCUUGUACUGCUACUACGAGUGAGUUGACCACUGGUGAAACAAUCACUGUUACUAAGAGUAUUCAGACUGAUGUUAUCACAAACACCAAGGCCAACAGCGGAACUGUCACCAAGAGCAUUGAAACUGUGCCUACCACAAGCGCCAAAGCUAACAGCGAAAUUGUUACCAAGGGCGUCAAGACCGAAGCUGCUACAAGCACCAAAGGCGAUACCGUAAUUGUCACUAAGACCACUGGCAAUACUCAAGGUCAAACUGAAACUCGUAAACAAACCCAAACUCCAAUCACUACUUCCGCUACCUAUGCUCCAACCGACAAGGUCACUACCGUGCUAUCCGCUAGCUCCACUGAUUCCGUUCACGUUUACGAAGGUGAAGCUAACUUCUUCAGUGUGAACAAGUUGGCCAUUGGUAUCUUGGCUGUUGGUGCUGCUAUGAUCUAA